AUGCGUAUUCGCGACCUUGGCUACACCCCAGGCAUCUUGCCCACAGGCCCAACCAACUCAAUCCUUGACAUCGAUGGCUUGCACAUAUCCCAAGUAACCGUCCCCACUACAGCAAACCUCAAUCCUGAAUCAACAGCCUCCAAGGGCGUGACUGUCGUCUCCCCACGUCCACCGAAGGAAUAUUAUCAACCCUGCCGAGCAGGUACUUUCUGCUUCAACGGCAAUGGCGAGUUUACUGGAUCGAGACAGAUUGCUGAUUGGGGCUUUACGAACACUCCUAUUGCCUUUACCAAUUCGUUGAGCUUGGGUAGUGUGUUCGAUGCCAGCUGGGACUGGGCUCUUGAGCAGCAAAAACGCAUCGGGUGGGAUUGGGAUGCGGCUGGGAAGCAUUUUGGGACGCCUGUUGUAGGUGAGACUUGCGAUUGGAUUAUCAACGAGGAAGUCCCGUCCACACGGGUCGGACGUGAUGAUAUCAAACGGUGUUUCGAUGGUCUCAAAAGUAGAGAGGACGGUGCGAAGGUGUACGAAGGGCAGAAAGGUGGCGGAUGCGGUAUGACCUGCCAUCAAUUCGCAGGUGGCACGGGCACUUCCAGCAGAACAGUCAACCCAGGAGACGACAAGAGUAAACAGUAUACCCUCGCCGCACUUUGUCAGUCCAAUUAUGGACUGCGAGAGGAUCUUGUCAUUGGCGGAGUACCAAUCGGCAAGAUUCUCAAGAAACAGGCCAAAGCUGGAAGCACUUCUGAGACAAUCAAGGCCAGUGCACUUGAGGACAUCCCAGCAGGACGGACGAAGGACGGCUCGAUCAUCAUCUUGGUUGUCACCGACGCCCCGCUUACGACCAAUGAGUUGGACCGCGUUGCAAGGCACAUCACCGUCGGGUUAUGUCAAGUCGGGUCGUACGGUGUUGGCCGCAACUCUUCAGGAGACAUCUUCGUUGCGCUGUCCACAGCUUCUUCUGGUCCAGAAGUCAGGGAAGGGUCGGACAGGCAGAAGAUCGAGACCUACGCCACAGAGUAUGUGAAAAGCCAAUCGAUCGAUCCGUUCUUCUAUGCCUGCGCCGAAGCUGUGGAGGAGGCGAUUCUGAAUAGCAUGGUCGGGGCAGCUGAUGGUGUUGUGGCAAUGAAUGGCACUAAGAUUGAGGGGUUUCCAAUCAACAAGGUGAAAGGUUUGUUGGAGCAACAUCUUGUGAAGGUGUAA